AUGAAAAUUCGUCAAAUAGAAGACGACGACGAAGAAGAAGAAAAUGCUCCAUUUAAUAAUUCAGAAGAUGAUGAUAAUGAUGAAAAGAUCGAAAAUGUUCGUCGAAAAUUUUCACCAUGUGAACCUUGUGGCUUGUUACGUCGUUCUUGUUGUUUUCCAAAUUUAUGUCAACAUCGAUCUGGUCAAAUAAGCCAAUGCCUCAAAAAAGCAAAAUCAAACAGUUUAUCAUCUUCGAAACGAUGUUUAUAUAAUGUGAAAUUUUUAUUUCAUAAUAAAAAUCGAGAAAAAUUUUAUAAUUAA